AUGGCUCUUCUUCCAGAUAUAAACCUCAUUUCCCAGUUCAAGGCAUCGUUAGAUGGGAACCCAGAUGCGUCGAACCCCUACAUCAAGUAUUAUGUUCCAUACUGUAUUCAGUCGCGGCUCCUACAGCGUGUCGGUGUCUACACAGCUGCGUGUUUCCUCGCCGAUUCUGGACAUGUUGAUCUCACGGCGGCCAUGGCGCAGAAAAGCCAAGUAUUUGAGCUCGUCAACAUGCAUCUCAGCUCGCAACUGUCUACCAGCGACGAGGGGAUCACGGGUGUCGUUCAGCUUGUUCUCAACGAGUGGCACUGGGGAAACGAAGGCGACUUGCGUGCCCACUUGAGCGGCUUGCGAGAGAUGAUCAGGGUCCGAGGCGGAUUUCGUACCCUGGGUUUACACGGGCUGAUCAGCAAGCUUGCCAUCACAGCCGAUGUGGCCAUUGCCUUAUCCUCUGAAACGGCCCCUUUCCUGCGUGGCGGCGCCGAGUUUGAGUUCCGUGACAACAGUCAUGUGCCGCUGCGUCUGCCGCUCAACACACCUUUUAUCCCCAAACUCGCAACUUUUGCAUCCUGUGGCGAAGCCCUUCGCACCCACGGCGCCGUGGCCUCUAUCCUCGACGACAUGCGGUUCCUCCUUGCCGCCGUCCUUGCGCUGCCCGAAGAGCCGACAGCGAAAGAGCUCCAAAAAGUGCAUACGACAUCAGGAUGGAUCCACGAAAGAAUGGUGAACCUCUCCGUGGAGGGCCCGGCGCUACGUCGCCUGUCCACUGCCGCAGCCGCGGCGUCUCCUGCCCCGUCAUCAGCCGCCAGCACCAUUUCAGCAACGUUUAGCCCAUUAGACACCAGGCCUAGUCCAGAACUGGGAGACGACUACCACAGCAGCACCAGGGGUCGGCCUCUUGGUCUGAAGCAGCAGCAACACUCUCCACUUCCUGUUCAUCCCAUGCAACUGCCAGGCGACGAACACUCCAGCGUGCUGCGCCUCGACGGCUCACCAUCGCCAGCCCGAGCUGCAGCCUCGUCGACACACUCCACGGCGAUGAUGCCGUCGGAUCCUCCAGAUUACAUCUACCAGUCGGUCCGGCUCGCCGCCAUCCUCUACAGCCGGGCCAUCAUGCUCCGCCGUCCCUUCAAGCAGAUUGUAACACCGGCGGAGCACCUACAACUUUGGAGGACCACAUGGAAGGUGCCGCUGUCCACGUGGCGGUCCCUCCUCGGGGUGUUCAACUGGAUUCUGCUGCCUCUUGUGUCGUCGUCGAGCACCCAGGAACAGGACUCGAACAACCACGGGCACUUUGUCAAGGGCAUGCUGAACGUAAGCUUGCUGCAAAUCGGGAUGGAGAAUUGGGAGCUGUGCGGCGGGGUUAUGGACGCGUCCGUGGGCCUGCAGAGGUGGUUGUCAGGGAGCGGAGUUGAAGCUGGGGACGGUGGCAACGAGGGUCAAAAAGAUGAUGGGGCGGAGAUGGAGAAACGGGGAGGGGAGAAAUCGGAUAGGGGCCAGGGACCGAAGGACAAGGGCAAGCAGGUUGCCGGGUGAAGUGCACGCCUGGAAUAUGAUAAAAAGGCUGGCCCAAAAAGAAAAUUUUAGAUAGAGGAACGCUCGGUGGGAUAGCCGUUCUUAUUUUUCCUGUUCACUUUUGUUUCUGGACAUCGAUACCCCCUUUUAGUUCAUGUACAUGGAUACCAUCUUUUUUUCGCUUUGAUCAAUGUGGCC